UGCUUUCCUCUCUGAAACAGUGAAACUUGUUCCGUCUCGUCGUCUUCGUCUUCGUCGUCUAACCAACCCUCUACUCUGCUAUCGAAGUCAAACUAUCACUUGAAGAUGGCUAAUCACAACAGUAGUAGGCACACCAUCAUCUUGUUGCAAAAUUCACCCAGCAGAGCUACCAGGACUUUCAUGGACUAUGAUUCUAUAGGCCAAGCUAUGGAUGGUAUUUGCGGCUUAUACGAAAGGAAGUUGAAGGAAAUUAACCCUUCUCUCAGAAAUCUUAGCUAUGACAUUGCUGACCUUUACAAUUUUAUUGAUGGUCUUGCUGACUUGAGCGCUUUGGUCUAUGAACACUCGAUCAGCGCAUAUCUGCCAUAUGACAGGCAAUGGAUUAAGCAGAAAGCAUUUAACCAUCUCAAGAGAAUUGCCAAUGGAAGCAGAUGAAGAAGAAACAUCAUUUGAAAGUGUCUGUCUACCUGAAGAAAGAUAAAAAGCUUAUUAAGAGAGGCCAUUCAAAAGCAUCAUCACUCGUGAUUAUAUAUCUGCCAAUGUAACAAUAAUUAUUAUGCAUAUAAAGAGUAUGGUGUUGUGGUUCUCUUGGAUUUGUUAAACAUGAAAAAUAUUGUUGUUAUCCAUAAUAAUAAUUGUUACAUUUCUAAUUUUUAUA